GUAGAAAACAUCCUUCCAGCCAAUGCUUUCUGCAAAGCACGCUAGUCUAAAUGAAGUCAAGCAUAAUUCUGGUGUAAUUAAGUUCCUUUGCACCUAACUCUAGGGGACAAGGCAAGUGACAUCGUCCUAUAAUGAUUCAUUAUCCAUAUCAUGUCCCUAUAACCCAGGCCUGCGUAAGUAAGGUAUAAUCCCGUGAUAACACAGCAAGAAAGGAAUAUGGAUGAGAAAGAAAGCCGGCUCUGUCAAUUCUUCCCCUACAUAUACACAACAAUUCAGAAGCACAAAGCGUGUGUAGGGAGACAAGCUACUUCACUUGGUUGCAGGAUGUCGUCGUCGUGGGUGGUGGAUGUCGACUACCUUGAGCCGCAGGCGAACGUGAAGGGAUGGGUGGUGGACAUGGAGAAGAAGCUCGAGGACGCAGAGCCGCCGGCAAAGGUGCAGAGAUGGCCGAAGCACUGCAUCUUCCGCGUCCCAUUGCGCUUCACGAGCAAGAUGGUGGAUGGAAUGGCGAGCAGCGUAUUCAAGCCGCAGACAGUGUCUCUCGGCCCAUUCCACCACGACGACAAGGACCUGAAACCAAUGGAGGAGCACAAGCUGAGGGCCGUCCGUCACCUCCUCCGUCGGGACAGCAAACUGACCCUUGGCGGGCUUGUCGCCGCCAUGGAGACGGUGGCCGACGAGCCGGAGGACGCCUAUAUGAACCUGGGUGACGAAUGGCGGGGCGAGGAGAACAGGGGCAAGUUCCUUGAGAUGAUGAUCACAGACGGCUGCUUCCUGCUGGAGGUGAUGAGGAUGGCCAUAGGGGGGAAGGGCUCCAUUCCCAAGGACUACGAGCAUGGUGACCCCGUCUUCAGCUGGCACGGCAUCCAGCACAUCGGACCAUUUGUCCAGCGCGACAUGCUCCUGGUCGAGAACCAGUUGCCACUGAGGUUGCUCGAGAAAAUCGUCGCAGUGGAGGAAGGGACAUCUCCGAGCGCGGCUUCGAUAAACUCCAUGGUGCUCAAGUUCCUGGAAAGGGAAGAUGCCCCGGAAGGGACCGGCCUGGGACUCCACCCGCUCGACAUCUACCGGACAAGCCGGCUCAAGGGCACAAGUCAGGUCAAGAAUAACGGCAAGGGUCUUCAAAGAGGCGUGAAUAUGACGUCGGCGCCAAUGGAGGUCGGCAUCUUUCGUUCGCAGAAAGUGGUUCCCCGAUCCGCAUGGAAGCUGUCGGAGGCAGGAAUCCGAUUCCUGCCCAGCAAGACAGGCUGCCUCGACGACAUCCAGCUGGACAAUGGGAGGCUCUACAUGCCCAAGGUCCAUAUGGACGACUCCACCGCCUACAGGAUCCACAACAUGAUGGCGUUCGAGGCGAUGCACAUUCGCACUGGGAACGACGUGACGGCGUACGUGUUGUUCGUCAAGGACCUCAUCAGCUCUGCCGACGACGUGCGCCUGCUAGGGAGGAAGGGGAUCCUGGAGCAUGACCUUGCCGAUGACGACGACGCUGUGGUGAGACUCUUCAACAGCCUCACCAGAGAUGUGUCCAAGAAUUGGGAGAGUCAUCUGUGCCGCGUGCGUGACGCCGUGGAGCACCACUACACCAGCAACCAUCUACGUGUCAUCCUCUAUGAGUCGUGGUCACACCUCAAGAGCAAGUACUUCAGGAACCCGUGGUCGCUCCUCGCCCUUGCCACUGCAAUCUUGCUCGUCGUCGGAGACAUCGUGCAGGCUGUGUAUGCAGUCAUAUCGUAUGAUCCUAACGAGGGCAAGCCCAAAAUACAUUAACCAGGAAAUGUUUCUCCUUUUUUGCAAAGAAUAAAAAGUGAAAUAAAACCAGAAAAGUUGUGUUACAUUUUGUGUGUGUGUGUGUGUGUGUGUGUGUGUGUGUGUGUGUGUGUGUUAGGCAGGUGAUAGUCUGACUACUUCUAUUGAUGGUAACAAGAGAUGGGAAUGUGGACUGCUACCUUCUUCUCAUUGUUUACUAUUACCGCAA